AUGUCACUCUUCAAUUCCUAUCUACGACCAGCCAUAUAUCUAUCUAUCUAUCUAUCUAUCUAUCUAUCUAUCUAUCUAUCUAUCUAUCACUUAACCUCUUCAUAUCUAUCUAUAUCUGUCUAUUUAUCUCUCCAUCGCGUGUUGUUAUCUUCAUAUUGCCUCUUCGAUAUGAACAUUCUGCACGGGGUUGAAGACAUGUCUUUCUUCUCUAUAUUCAUUUCACCCCGCCACAUUCUCUGUCUCUUUGCCCGUCUCUCGGUCUCAACGUUCCAGAUUUUACCCGGCCCCAACCUGCUAACAUUUCUUCACUCUUUCCUAAAACAUUUUACCCACGAUUCCCAUCUUAACUCCCCACCGCUUUACCUUUUCAAAUCUCGAUUCUUUUUUUUUCCCCUUUGUCUGCUUUGCUCUUAUACCUAUUUACGAAGUGUUUCCACCGUGGGUCGAGUCUUUGGAAAUCUUUUUCCAAGUAAGCAGUACUCUGUAGAGGAAGGGUCUGAUGUUUUGCUUCCGGGGUGCAGGUGA